UUGGAGAGGAAAUUUGAAGAAUUUCAUAGACAAAUGUUUGCUAUGAUAGCGGGCUCUUCUAAGGAUCUUUCUAUCGCCCAUCCUUGUACUCAUCCAUCCUCAUUACGAAGACGAAGAUGAGGAUGAUGAGCAGUGGAUGAAGACGAAGAUGAAUGAUGGAUUUAAGCCCAGAUGGGAGAGCAUGUGCCAUAUAUAAAUGGGAUAUCAUCCCUAUUUCAAGUCAAGGAUCUAUAAUAAAACUCAAAUUUUGAACUCCAAGGACCUUGCAUGUGAUGGGAGUGUAUGAACAUGGAAAGUGGAUCAUGUGUCUGGAAGAUGACAAGCAGUUCUAUUUAUAAAUAACUUGUUCAGAUCUUUUUUGAUCUAGUACAUGUGUGUGAGUUGAUCAAGGAUUUCAACACAUGUUAACAUAUGUUUAAACGUGUGGUGUGAGUCAUGUUCCUCCAACAGAGACAUGCCUGACAAUACUGCACACGUGAAAAUGGUUAUGUUUAUGAUUAAAACACGUUUUAGGUAAAGCAUUUGCAUUGAAAAUGUUAUAAUAAUGCAAAUGAGUUGGAAUUAUACCUUGGAGGAGACAAAGCUCUAACAUCUUUGCAAUAAUGUCUAAAUUCAAAUCUGGAUUAGUUGGCCUCAUUGAUAUGUGAUUAAGAUGAGAUUCCUUAUGUCGCCUGACACCUUUGAUAUAAAUUGAGAAGAUGCCAAUGGAAAAAUACAGAUCCAUAACUCAAUUCAACAUUCAAACAAAGGCUUCUCUUUUUCUUCUCUUUAGCAGUAAAAUAAAAAUGGCAGUAUCUCCUAUGAAUACAAAAUCCAAUUUCCAUGGCCGCUCAAUCAGCUUGCCAUCUAGACCACACCCCCUCAUUCUUAAAUGCAGUCAACAUUUGGAAACCUUACAAAGGUCUUCCGAUGAAACCUCCUCCUCAUCGUCAGUUUUCCAUAAGAUUGAUGGCUUGCGAGAUUUGAUCGAGUGUGUUGAAAAUUUGAUUCAGCUUCCACUAACACAAGAUGCACUUGUACAUGAUAAGCAUCAAGAAAAUUGGGUAAAUAACCUAUUGGAUGGAUCCUUAAGGCUAUUAGAUGUGUGUAGUGCUGCCAAAGAUGCUGUAAUUCAUACAAAAGAGUGCAUAAGGGAACUUCAAUCCAUCAUAAGAAGAAGAGGAGGCGGAUCGGAGGUCACUGCAGAGGCUAAGAAAUUCUUGACAUCUAGAAAGGUUGUGAAAAAGGCCAUCUCCAAAGCAUUGACAAAUUUGAAGGGAAAUACCAAAAGUUGCAACAUGUUAUCUACAAACAAAGACCAUCAAACACUGACUUUGAUUAAAUUAUUACAAAAUGUUGAAGUAGCUACACUAUCUACAUUUCAAAGAAUUCUGCAAUUUAUCUCAGGGACUAUACAAUCAAAGUCAAACAGAUGGGGUUCCAUUUCCAAGUUAAUUCAGUCCAACAGAGUUGCUUGUUCACAAUUGACAGAUGAAAGUGAAUUUGCUCAAGUGGAUGUAGCAUUGCAGUCUUUCAUAUUUACCAAGACUAGAAAACUUGAAGGCAUCAAUGAUUUGCAAAACCACUUAGAGAAAACCGAGUCAAGCAUUCAAGACCUUGAAGAAGGGCUUGAGUUUUUGUUUAGGCGUCUUAUUAAAAUCAGAGUCUCACUUCUAAAUAUCCUCAACAAUUAGUAGAACUUCUAUGGGACUCAAUUUUGUAGUGAUAUAGAUACACUUGUACAUGGAAAUUAUACGUAGAGGUGUCAAUUUAAGGGGCCAAUUAAUUUGGGCCCCAGCCCCAAUAUUAAGAGGGCCUAAAAAAGUUUAACAAUAGUAAGCCCUCAAAUACAUAGGGCCUAAAGUUAGAAGACCCCAAAAUUCAAAAGGGGGCCCUAAGGCCCAAAUAAAAUUAAAAAAACAUAAUUAGGAAAAAAAAUUUAAAAAGAAAUUGAAAAAAAAAAUUUAUUUUCAAAAACUUCCCAUUGUUUAUUUAAUGUAAUAAUAAUUACUCCACUCAUUUAAUAUUAUUUACUUUUAAUUAACAAAAUAUAAUAUAAUUUCAA